AUGAAAUCGGACGACAUCACAGCUUUGCAUCUUUUUCCUACGACGUUUGCAAAUUCCUCUCCAACCACUUUACAAUAUCCGCUAGCUGGUCCACCCCUUCUGGCAUCCGGUCCAUUUUGGAAUCCAUGCCUGUUCUCUCUAUUCUCAUCGUUUCCAACUGAUCAAACGCUUAUUCCAGUACCUAACUCGCAAACCACAUUCAGUUCUCAACCAACACCCUUGUUACAAUUCCCUCAACUGUUGGAAAGCGUGCCUGAAUGCUUUUCACAGUCAACAGAUGGCUCCCAGACAACAGAGUCGGGUAAAUCUACACCCGGUAAUUCCCUCCCAGAGCGUGUGUCCUCACCUGAAAGCUGCAGAACCACGUCCAGAAUACGACGAGGACGACCACAGCAAGACAUUACCGACGACGACGACCCGAACAGCCAAAAACGUCGACAUCGACGACUUUACGCUCGGCAGUACAGGGCCCAAAUGCGUCAUAAGGUCGACGAAGUGAAAGUAUUGAAAGCAAAACUUGACGAGAUGCGGCGUACGGUUGAACGAUUAGAAGCUGCCCUGGACAGUGAACGACGGGAACAUCAGCAUAAAACCGUACUGCUCAAUUCAAUGAUUCAAUCAAAGCUGAUUCCCUAG